UUCGGACUAAUAUUUAUGUUAUGUGUUAUUUUGACAGAGACAAUAAAUGUAAACAUGCAAAAAGAUGAAGUGUUUAUAGGAUAUAGCAGAAGAUAAUUUAAUAGGCUUUAAAAUUCUGUUUUUAAAAAAUACACAAACUAAUUAUAAGACAAAUUCAGGAUAAAAACAACAGAACAGUUAGAACAAAAACAAUAUGUAAUGUGAAAAACGUUUGAAAACACUUUAUUCAAAGAAUAUUUCCAAUUGCUCAUGUCUAGCUUGUGUUUCCCCAGCCGAGGCUUUUAUUUUGAAACGUAAAGCGGAAGUGCUUUGUGUUCGCGACAGGCCGCAGCUUGACGCUCGUCAGGUCGACGGACGCUGCCUUGGAAACGACAUAAAUCCAGUCCACGCAGCUGGGUCGCGAGCAGGGACCCAGAUUUCCUCACUUCAAAGGCAUCCGCUCCUCUUCCUCCUCCUCCUCCACCUCCUCUUCCUCCUCCUCCACCUCUCUCCAUCCAUCCAUCGAGCUGCGAACAUGGGCGAGCUGAAAUGAAACGCAGAGCCGGAGAGAAGCAGCGGGGAGAAGCAUUUAAAUAAGCCAGAGAAGAAGAAGACCGCAGCCAGGCGUAGAGCAGCAUGCCGUUGGUGAAGAGGAACAUUGAGCCCAGGCACCUGUGCCGUGGGGCGUUGCCGGAUGGGGUGACCAGUGAGCUGGAGUGUGUCACCAACAGCACCCUGGCAGCCAUCAUCAAACAGCUGGGCAGUCUGAGUCGCCAUGCAGAGGACAUUUUCGGAGAGCUGUUUAAUGAAGCCAACAGCUUCUACCUGAGGAUGAGCAGCCUGCAGGAGAGAGUGGACCAGCUGGCCGUGAAAGUCACCCAGCUCGACUCCACUGUGGAGGAAGUCUCCCUGCAGGAUAUUAACAUGAGGAAGGCCUUCAAGAGUAGCACCAUCCAGGACCAGCAGGUGGUGUCGAGGACCUCUGUCCCCAACCCUGUGGUGGAGAUGUACCAUCGCUGUGACAAACCUCCUCCGCUCAACAUUCUCAGCCCCUAUAGGGACGACAAAAAGGAUGCAUUGAAGUUCUACACUGACCCCUCCUACUUCUUCAACCUGUGGAAGGAGAAGAUGCUGCAGGCCACCGAGGACAAACGCAAGGAGAAGAGACGACAGAAGGAGCAGCAGAAGCAGGUUGAGGACCCAGGCAGAGAGGUGAAGAAGGUGCGUAAGGCUCGUAACCGGCGCCAGGAGUGGAACGUCCUGGCCUAUGACAAAGAGUUCAGACCAGACGCCAGGCUCACCCCUUCCCCUUACCAUGGCAUGUCCUCAGAGGGCUCCCUGUCCCCUGAUAGCAGGUCAAUGGCGUCCGACUCCUACCCUGCAAGCCCCAACCACCCCUCCACCCAGGCCCCCAGUGCCGUCCACCCCACGGACCACAGCAGGGACCACCUCAGCGCCGCAGCCCAGACUCAGUCACUGGAUCGGGUCCUCAGGCCGGCCAACCAGCCCCCAGGGCCUGCGCCUGGAGGGCGACAUGCAGCCUCUCUGGGCAGGACCCCAUCGGGACACGGGGUCCAGGCUGGCGGAGAUCCAACGGUUAACGGGCCGAGGCAGCAGUCGGUUAAGGAAUACCGGGCCGGGCACAGCGGCCAGCCCUCCACCAUCCCAGAGUACUACAUCCCACCCGCUCCUCCUCCCCCUCCCCCAACCAUCCCCUCGGCCCAGACCGCCUUCGACUCCACCACGGCCCCGCCCCCCGGCGCCGCCUCCGCUGUCCCACCCACCUCCUCCGCCCUCUCCCGCCCCUACUCCCCUUCCCCUCCUCCUCCCCCGGCCAACUACGUGCCCUCCCCUUCCCACCCACCUUCGGGCGCACCCCCAGCCGCCCCUCCUCCGCCGCCGCCUGGAGCCCCCGCAGGCCACCAGGCUCACCCUUCGCCACCGCACGUCGCUGUCGGCCAGUCAGCUGUGGAUGCGGCGCCCUCGACCAGGAAGUCCACCAUGCUGGGGAUGAUCCCGAUGAGCGACGCCCGCUCCGACCUGCUGGCCGCCAUACGUAGAGGCAUCCAGCUGAGGAAGGUGCAGGAGCAGAGGGAGCAGGAGGCCAAGAGGGAGCCAGUUGGCAAUGACGUGGCCACCAUCCUCUCCCGCCGCAUCGCCGUGGAGUACAGCGAGUCCGACGACGACUCCGAGCUCGACGAGAAUGAAUGGUCUGACUAAAACAAUUUUAGAGAGUGUGACGGGUGCACGGUGGGUGGUGUGCACUGGGAGAAGGAGAGGGUGAAACGUUGAGACACUGAGGUGAAAAUGAAGGGGUUUGGUUAAUGUUCAUCAUUUACAUUUUUACAGUAAGAAAAAAUAAUCAAUCACACAUGCAUUCACACUCAUACUUGCAGCCUCUGAACAUUAAGCACUUCUACAGCAACAGGUUGGUAGUUUCAGCUUGCUCGGUUGCCCCUGACGACGCCUAUUCUUGAAAUGAAACCCUAGAGGUUUGUGCGUCGAACCACUGACGGUGUGUGGCGCGACAAACACACUCUACGUUCACACCAUUUCAACACCCUCCCGCCCCCGUCUGCUCAUUUUUAACCACUAACGCUCAGCUGUGAAAAACAAAGGCACCAACGUCUCCCUGCCUACAUAUUGUGACUGAUAAUUAUCAUCAACAUUGCAGGUUGAGAGCCUGUGAUAACUGAGGGCCCCUGGUGAGUAUGGGGGGCAGUGUGUUUACAAAGCACAUGGUAUAGCACAAGAAAAACUCAUUGUAGUGCAAUCUUAACUUAUCUGCCAAAUGUUGACAAAGAAUUUAUGAAAACAAGUCAGGGAAAAAAAAAAAACUCCUCAGAGGACGACUCCGCCUCACAGGGCCGUGCCUGUUUACGAAACACACGCACUCUCCUGAAGAGGCCUCACUGUCAUUUUGAGAGUUUGGCUCAUUGGUCACAUUAACCAACACAAGACAACAGAAUCAGCUCCAGAAUCAUCUUCGUGUUAGAAAUGCUAACAGUAGAGUGUGCAGCAUGUAGCUAACUGUAUAAUUAGUUAGCUUGAUUCUUAUGUCUGAACGUGCAGGGUCAAAACAUAUAUAAAAUUAGGGAUAGAAAUAGUCUUUGAAACUACACUGUGGCUCAAACAGGAAGUGAGCAAAGUUAGCCAAACAGCUAAAGACCUUUAGCUAUUAAUUUAUGACACACUUAUUUAUUUAGAGUGUGUUUAAAGAAAUUAAUUUAUAAUAAGACACUGAAUAAAAAUCAAUGCCAAGUUUGGUUUGUUUUUUACUCUCCUCCUUCAUGUCUGCAUAAUUAUCGUUACUUUGGGAGGUAGCUGGAUUCACAAGAUCACGCCAGAGUCCAGCCCUGGUAGAGACGGUAUUGUCAAAUUUCCAAGGGUGGAUACAUUUCUACCAUUGUACAGUGUAUACCAUCAUAUUGCCCAACUCUAAUAGCAAUUUUAAGCUUGUGUUUUCAGUUUUGAUAGCGGGGCAAUGACUCUGUUAACAUAUUAUUUGUGUUUUUAAUGUCUUGGAUAUUGCGUUUACAUUUUCAUAAAAUCCUUGGUUGAAACAGGCAGUUUCUUUGACAUCAAAAUUACUUUUUUAACAGAGACCUGUGCACAAGAAACCAUAGCGCUGCCCCCUAAGAGUCGACCAAAAGUUAGUCAACUAGAAAGGUCAUUAGUCGGCAAGAUUUCAUUGGUUACUUAGUCGUAGUGCUUCUGAUGGCAUUUGCUAGAGUCAACCACAGCUGUUAAAGAGAAACCAAUCACAGCAGUAGAGUCUCUAACGCAGCUGUCAGUCAUGUCAGUCACUUAUUGUCAACUGUGGUCAAACUAGGCAGUGCUGAUCAAAUAUCAAUCAAGAUUUUGUCACCACAUCGCCUGUUUCUCACCUCAA